AUGAGACACAGGAUCAUAACACCGGUAGCCCCUUUUGUUCCACUCCACAUCCAAGAAAACAACACAACCGAAAACGAGGCUCGAGUUUGGUGCCUGGACACAACAAGUGUGGAACAAUGCCACAAUGUUGUCCUGUUUCUUACCUCUCCAUCUCAUGAAAAAGAAAAUGUAUUGAUAAGUGAGGCAGAAGAUGAUGGCAGCAGCAUAAACACCUACAUUUUUCAUGUCGAAAAGCCAGAGAGUAGUGUGUCUGCGCAACUGGAUGAUCUGGGUAGCUGGUAUCAUUCAUUUCUGCCAGCUACCCCUGCAAGCUUGGACAAGCAGUCCAACAUGGUUUAUUCAUACCGACAUGCAAUUAAUGGGUUUGCAGCAAGAUUAACAGAUGAGGGCAAAGCAAUGGAGAAGAAGGAUGGCGUUUUGUUGGUUCGUCCAGCUACCUCAUUGCGGCUGCAUACAACUCAUAGUCCUAGCUUCUUGGGGUUGCACCAAGGCGUGGGAUUUUGGCAAAGAGCAAAUCUUGGCAAGGGUGUUAUAAUUGGAGUUAUAGACACCGGAAUAUCACCAAAUCAUCCUUCAUUCAACGACAAGGGAAUGCCUCCUCCACCGGCUAAAUCGAAAGGGAAGUGUGAAUUUGAAGGGAUGGCCUGUAAUAACAAGCUCAUCGGUGCAACAACUUUUCAUAGCUCAAGUAGACACUCAAAGGGUGUGCAGUCCAUUCCACCAACGGAUGAUGUAGGGCACAGAACCCAUGUUUCAAGCACAUCUGCAGGAAAUUUCGUAGAAGGCGCCAAUGUGCUUGGGAAUGCCAAAGGCACAGCAGCUGGUGUAGCGCCUUUGGCUCACUUGGCAAUCUAUAAAGUAUGUUCGAGAGUGGGCUGUCUUGAUAUUGACAUAUUAGCCGCAAUUGACACAGCUAUUGAGGAUGGCGUGGAUAUUCUUUCAAUCUCACUCGCUGAAGGCCCCUUCCAAUCUUUCCUCAAUGAUACAAUCGCAAUAGCUGCAUUCAGCGCAAUUCAAAGGGGAAUUUUUGUGAGCACUUCGGCUGGGAAUUCAGGCCCAUUCAAUCGGACGGUGGUAAAUACGGCCCCAUGGGUACUAACUGUUGGAGCAAGCACCACUGAUAGAAUGAUUAAAGCCACAACAAGGGUUGAAAAUGGAGAAGAAUUUGAUGGUGAGUCCCUUUUCCAACCUAGUAAUUUCAAGUCUCCACUAUUGCCUCUGGUUUCUGUAGGUGAGGGCACAUUGGCAGAUGUCCACUUGAAAGGAGAAGUGGUUCUGUGUGAGAGGGGAGGGGGAAUGGGAGGACUAGUUAAGGGGAAACAAGUUAAAAAUGCUGGAGGCUCUGCCAUGAUUUUUAUGAAUGAUGCAUUUGACGGCUUCACUACUAUUGCAACUGAACAUGUUCUUCCUGCAACACAUGUGAGCCAUGCUGCUGGGCUGAAAAUCAAAACAUAUAUAAAUUCAACCUCCAAACCAACAGCCACAAUCUUAUUUAAAGGAACCGUAUUUGAAAAAUCAUAUGCCCCCAUGGUUUCUUCCUUUUCUUCCAGAGGCCCAAGCUUGGCAAGCCCCGGGAUUUUGAAACCAGACAUCAUUGGACCUGGAGUUAACAUUCUAGCUGCAUGGCCACCAUUGGAUGCGGAGAAGAAAAAAAGUGACUUGAACUCAACACGAUUUUUCAUGAACUCUGGCACUUCAAUGUCUUGUGCUCACCUAAGCGGCAUUGCAGCUUUGCUCAAACCCUCCCACCCAGAAUGGUCACCUGCUGCCAUUAAGUCUGCAAUCAUGACAACUGCUGAUGUGCUAAACCUUAAAGGGAAGCCCAUUACUGAUUACACUAUGACCCCUGCCCACAUCUUUGCCACUGGUGCAGGCCAUGUGAAUCCAUCAAAAGCAAAUGAUCCUGGCCUUGUCUAUGACAUCCGGCCGGAUGAUUACAUUCCUUAUUUAUGUGGGUUGAAUUACACAGACCAUGAGUUAAAGCUGAUAACUCAUCUCACUGUGAAGUGUGUGGAAGUAAAAAGCAUACCCGAAGCACAACUAAAUUACCCUUCAUUUUCAGUUGCAUUGGGUUCUAGUCCUCAGACAUUUACGAGGACACUGACAAAUGUCGGGCAGGCGAAUUCUUCUUACACUUUGCAGAUUGUUUCACCACAUGGAGUAGGCGUUCAUGUGAGGCCCAAUAAGCUUGUAUUCAAAGAGUUGAACCAGAAGGAGACAUACACCAUUACUUUUGUCAAAGAAAACAUCACUGUGUAUCCAGACGAGAGGCUUUCACAGGGAUAUUUGAAAUGGGUUUCUGGCAAGUAUUCUGUUCGAAGCCCAAUAGCUGUCAUGUUUGAUUAA